UGGCGGAGUGUUUAGUCGUACGACUGCAACGCACGACACGUGCGGUCGUGUUUCGCGGCGUGCUCACAGAAAGUAAACUCCACCGGAGUAUAAACGAAAAUUAACUGGCAAUAUAGCGCUAGAUCGCUGCGCCAUUUUUCGCUCUUUUGCUCCUGCAAAGAGCAAACAGAAGAAAGAAGAAGAAGGAGUGUUUAGUGUUUUUCGUGCAAAAAUCGUGAAUAUUUUAGACAAAAUCGUGCAAAACUCCGGCCAAAUUCGGAGAAUGGAUCCCCAACUGCAGCUGCUCCAGCGGAUGGUGCAGCAGAGGCGCUGCCUGACGUGUUUCGAUCGCACCGGGGAGGACGCACGCAGCACCUCCGACCGGGAAGUGUUCCAGAUUGUGCGGAAGCAUCUGUGGUUCACGGAGACGGACUUGACGGAAAGUGCGUCGAUAUGUGGCGGUUGCUGGGAGAGCAUAGAUGGAUUCCAUCAGUUCUACGUGGGAGCGGAACAACUGUACGAGCGGAAAGAGGUUCCGUUCGGGUUGGAAGGGAGGAUCAUCAAACAGGAAACGGGAUCGGAGGUGUUUCUGGUGGAAAUGGCACGCGAUGAUGACAUGGAGAUUAAGGAGGAACUAGGUAGCGAUGUGGAGGAGAGUGAUGCGCUAAAGGAAGAGCUGGUCGGAGGAGAGACUGCUGGGGAUGUGGUUGAGCAAAUAAUGAUGGAAGAAGAGUCGGAACACGACAGUGAGGAUGAUUAUGAGGAAGAUGAAGAUGAUGCGGACGAUAAGGACGACGAAGGCGAUGAUCCGGACAACUUUAUAAAACAACAUGUGGUGCUGAACUGUGACCAAUGCGAGGCUUCAGAUUUCUCGUUCAAAGGUUUGGUAACGCAUCUGCAGAGAAUCCACAACGUGGUCAAAUGUUACGUGACCUGUUGUGGCAUCCGGUACCACACCAGAGUGCGGUUGCUAGAGCACGUGAAGUACAUUACGGAUCCGACCAGCUUCAAAUGCGACCACUGCGAAGAACCGCAGUACUUCAUCAAUGUUCCGGCUUUGAAGCGACACAAGAAGCUUAAACACAACAUUCAGGUCACGACCCGCCUCUACAACAUGGAGAACCGUCUCAAAAAGGACAAAACCCCGGUCGAAAAAACAGAGGAACAGUUGAAAAAGCUCGAAGAGCAGGAGAAGCGUCGCACCGACCGGGCCGCCGAGGAUAAGAUGAUGCGCGAUCACGUUACGUUCGGAUGCGUCCCCUGUGGAACCACCUUCGAGACCUACACGGAUCUCUUCCGGCACAGCCGGAUAGAACACAAGCAGAAACCGGUGGUGGUGUGCUGUGGCAAUCGGUACCACCAACGGCCACGCCUCCUCCAGCACAUCCAAUCGGUGGUGAAUCCGACCGCGUUUCGCUGUGAGUUGUGCUUCCGGUGUUUUAAGAGCAACUACGCCCGGAAUGUGCACUGUGCCGAGAUGCACCCGACGGAGGAAUCGGUCAAGUUUAGGUGCGAUCGGUGUCCGAAGGUGUUUGUGCGCGAGAUCAAAUAUCGGAAACACAUGCAGGAUCACGAGGACUGCGACCGGGACCAGAUCAAGUGCGAGUAUUGCGGCAAACUCUACAAAAGCCAUCACAUCCUGUACAUGCACAUCCGCAACAAACACAAGGAGCCUCGGUUCGUUUGCGACAUCUGCGCCAAACCGUUCUUCCUAAAAUCGGAGUUCACCAAGCACAAGCUGGAACAUGAAAACCCGGAACAGUUGAAGAUGCAGUGUCAGCACUGUUUGAAAUGGUUCAAAAACCGCCAGUACUGGCGCCAGCACAUCCGACUGCACGUGGUCGGUGAGGUAAAGUGCGAAAUCUGCGGUCGAAUCACCCCAAAUCGGGUGGCCUAUCGGUCGCACAAGAAGAACGCCCACGGAGACCGGACGCACAAGUGCGACUGGUGCGGCAAGAGUUUCAACAAGGCGCUCACGCUGCGGGAGCACGUCGCUUCGAAGCACACCGGGGCCACGCUGUACUCGUGUCGGUUUUGUCCGAAAACGUUCAACUCGAAUGCCAAUAUGCACUCGCACCAGAAGAAGAUGCACCCGGUCGAGUGGCUGGCGGCGAAGACCAGCAGGGAGAGGGAGAAGGCGAGAAUUAGUGAGGUGGCGGAAUUUGAGGAGGAGGAGGAGGAGGCGUUCGAUACCUAAGAUGAGGUGGGAGGUUCUGAGAAGGUAGGUACGCUAGGAAUGUAUGUAAUAAACAAUGUUCGGAUAGAA